AUGACAGCUGGAACUGUUGUCAUAACCGGAGGAAUACUGGCCACAGUGAUACUUCUCUGUAUCAUAGCUGUGCUCUGUUACUGUAGACUCCAGUACUACUGCUGCAAGAAGAAUGGGUCCGAAAACGACUCCAUCUCACAGCAACAUUUUGCCUGCAACUCCUGCAGUGUCACCGGCUUGGACGGGCCGGCCAUCACCCCACUGUCUCCGUCCCCGCCUGAGCCGCCCAAAUCCUCCAAUUCCACUAAACCCAAAGAUGGCCGCCGCAGCUACUGUCCCACCUGCUCCCCUCAUGACUCCCCCUUCUACAUACACACCACGGAUGAGAUGCGCAACGGUGGCGAACGCAUCGCCUACAUGCCCACGCACUAUGACAACCGGGCGCUGGCGAUGCCGCUGCCCGUUGUCCGAGGCUCCCUGCUGAGGGACACUCGGAGAGGUCGGCCACCCGACUUCUACACUAACACACAAGCCAUCAGCACAGAAGUGUGA